ACUCACUGAUUCAAAAGCAUGUCAUUGGCUAAGGAUAAAGAUGGCCCUUCUUUUGCCCCCACCUUAAAAAAAAUAAUAAAUCCUAACAUUGGCUCUGCUACUAACCCACCGCCCUCUAACUUCACCUCUCUCCUCUUGCUUUAGCUGGCGCUGGCAGACGAGCAGAAUGAAGGGACCCGGAAUGGCCUGGAGACCAAGGAGCUGGUGUACCUAGUCCAGAUCUGCUGCCAGGGCCGGAGCUGGAUUGUGAAACGCAGCUAUGAAGAUUUCCGCGUCCUCGAUAAGCACCUCCAUCUAUGUAUCUAUGACCGCCGUUUCUCCCAGCUCCCGGAGCUGCCUCGAUUUGACAGCCUGAGGGACCGUGCCGAGGCCGUGCACCACAUGCUGAUGGCCUACCUCUCCCGGCUCUCCGCCAUCGCCGACAACAAGAUCAACUGUGGGCCUGCGCUCACGUGGAUGGAGAUUGAUAAUAAGGGGAACCAUCUGCUGGUCCAUGAGGAGUCCUCCAUCAACGUCCCGGCCAUCGCCGCUGCCCACGUCAUCAAGCGCUACAUUGCCCAGGCAGCGGACGAGCUCUCUUUCGAGGUUGGCGACAUCGUCUCUGUGAUCGACAUGCCCCCCAAAGAAGACACCACCUGGUGGCGUGGAAAACACGGCUUUCAGGUCGGUUUCUUUCCCAGUGAGUGUGUGGAGCUGAUAAACGACAAAGUUCCCCACUCUGUCACCGGCUCCAUGCCCAAACCAGCAUCUCCCAGCUCUGGUCUGCGGCCCGCCUCCUGGAGCUUCUUCCCGCCCUACUUGGAGAUGGAGAACGUAAAGCAGGAUAGUGUUUGGGUGCCUGACCCUCUAAACCACUACAGGCCCAACUCAGUAUCCAAGAAGCACGGGAAGCUGAUCACGUUCCUCCGCACCUUCAUGAAGUCCCGGCCCACCAAGCAGAAGCUGAAGCAACGUGGGAUCCUCCGGGAGAGGGUGUUUGGCUGCGACCUGGGCGAGCACCUACUCAACUCGGGCCAUGACGUUCCCCAGGUACUCAAGAGCUGCACCGAGUUCAUCGAGAAGCAUGGGGUGGUGGACGGCAUGUACCGCUUGUCCGGAAUCGCCUCGAACAUACAGAAACUUCGGCACGAGUUUGACUCUGAGCAGAUCCCUGACCUGACCAAGGACGUGUAUAUUCAGGACAUCCACUGCGUGGGCUCCCUCUGUAAGCUCUACUUCCGCGAGCUACCCAACCCACUGCUCACCUACCAGCUUUAUGAGAAGUUCUCGGAGGCCGUGUCAGCAGCCACCGAUGAGGAGCGGCUCAUCAAGAUCCAUGAUGUCAUCCAACAGCUGCCGCCUCCACAUUACAGAACCCUUGAGUUCCUCAUGAGGCAUUUGUCCCACCUGGCAACAUUCAGCUAUGUCACCAACAUGCACAUCAAAAAUCUAGCCAUCGUUUGGGCGCCCAACCUUCUCAGGUCCAAGCAGAUUGAGUCGGCCUGCUUCAGCGGCACGGCGGCCUUCAUGGAGGUGCGCAUCCAGUCCGUGGUCGUGGAAUUCAUCCUCAACCACGUGGACGUGCUCUUUAGCCCCAAGCUCAGCUCGCUGAUCCGAGAGGGUGCCGGCCAUAAUUCUCUAUCCCGGCCCAAGUCCCUGCUGGUGUCCUCGCCCUCCACCAAGCUGCUGACUCUCGAGGAGGCCCAGGCACGCACCCAGGCCCAGAUAAACUCCCCCGUCACCGCUGAUAGCAAAUACAUCGAGGUGGGGGAGGGUCCUGCCGCCCUUCAGGGCAAGUUCCAUACAGUCAUCGAGUUUCCCACCGAGAGGAAGAGGCCCCCUAUCAAAUCAAAGAAGUCCCCAGUGGGCAGCUGGCGGUCCUUCUUCAGCCUGGGGAAGUCUUCCUCUAUGGCCAAACGCAAGCUGCAGCGCAACCCCAGCGAGCCCAAUGAGCUGAAGGCCAUGGCGCUUGCAGGAGGCAGAGGAGAUACAGGGACUCUACGCUCCGCCAAAAGUGAAGAGUCUCUCACCUCACUGCACAAUGUGGAAGGCGAGUCGAAGGUGUACCGCCCCCGCAGACCUCGCUCCAGCAGUGACGCCCUGUCCGCCUCUUUCAAUGGAGACCUGCUGGACGGGCGGCACCACUGCAACUCGUAUGACAACCUGGGCCAGGGGGACAGCGACGGCGAUGAGGGCCCCAUCUGUGUGCCGGCCCUCAUCUCGCCUCCACGUUCUGCCGAGGACGUGGACCUCAGCCCCCCCGACAUCGGUGUGGCCUCUCUGGACUUCGACCCCAUGUCCUUCCAGUGUAGUCUACCCCUUGGUGAGCCGUCAUUUCCCUCCCCAGACCUGGUGGGGGAGGCCGGCGGUCUAAGGAUGAGCCCAUUGGCCAGCUUCUCAGAACCAGUCUCCCCCUCCCCAGAGAAAGCCUCGACCCCUUUCUUAGCGUCUCCCGACUUCAGUCCAGCUCUGGGGGCUCAAGCAGAGAGCAAGAAGCAUGCCACCGCCAUCCUCGCUGAAAAAGUGGUGCAGGCCUUCUCCCCUAAAACGUCGCAGAAGAGCAUCAAGCUGCCCCCUUUGGCUGUCCCUGAGCCCGUAGCGGCAUCCACUCCAAACCAAACCCCCAAGACAGAUGGUCCCCAGCCCCCUUCCCCCGCCCAGUCUCCCCAGGGCUCUCUGGUCCCCCCACCCGACAUGAUUGCCAUGCUUCUAAAGACCAACGAGGCUGCCCCAAGUGAAGGCAGCCUGCCGGAGCUGCUCGGGAAGGUCCCUGAGAACAGAGACCACAUCAAAGAAUGCACAGAAGCUUCCGGACCCACCGGGCCCGUCUGCCCUCCAACGCAGCAAGGUCAAUGGACAGCAGGAGCCGUAGCUAUGGAUUCUUCACAGGCCCCCGCCCCUGUAAGUUCAGUGUCCCUUCUCCCACCGCCUCCCCCUCCAAAGAACGCCGCCCGCAUGCUCGCCCUGGCCCUAGCCGAGUCUGCCCAACAAGCCAGCUUUUUCACCCAGAGACGGCCCUCGGGGCCCCCGACACCUAUGUCCCCCCUUGAUACCCUGGAGUGGCCACCACCGCCUCCCCUCCCACCCCCAGCAACCCCUGAACUGGUGACGGAUUCCCCGAUGCCAACCUUCUCUUCCCCUCCUUCGGCUGCAUCACCUGCCGAGAGCCAAGCACUAGUGGCUAGUUUGCACCUUACCAAAUCCAGCAGUACCUGGCCACCUGCAGCAUCCAGCGCUAACCAGGAGAAUGACAGUGCGCCUGUCACCAUGAGUGACUCCUUAACAGAGUCUGUCAAGGUUACCUCUCCUGCCACCCCCCAAGCCCCUCAAACAUCUCUAUCUCAAAAAAGUCCAGAAAGGCAGCAGCCUGCCCUGGGCCAAGUACCUGUGACCAGCUAUUCUAGCACCACUACUGCCAGCACCAGCAUCAGCCCAUCCACCACCACCACCUCUACUACCACCACUAACAAUGAUUUGGGAGCCAUGCCACAUAUGGAGACACGGGUAGGCGUCGACAUCACACCGAGUAUUCCAAAACCUGCAGAGCAGUCUACCACGACCGUGCAGCCGCCAGCCAACACCUGGACCUCUGCCGUUCCGACUACGCCCACUGAACAAGCGGAUAAGCCCUGGGAAGCUCCGAAGGCGGCCCACCCUCGGACAGAUCCGGUACCGGUGUAUCAAGGCUAUGGGCCCACGCCUCCAACUCCGCCUGUGCGCUCCAUGGAGAGCAAGCUGGCGACUGCGGCUCUCUCCAAUUCGGAGGCAGCCAAUGCUUCCAACUUCCACACGAUCCUGGCGGAAGCUGCCAUACCAUCCUCAGUGGAGGAGGCCCUUCCACAACCGCCCCGGCCGCCACGGAAACCUUCGGUCCUCCAGCCCACCUACAUGUACCACCCAAAGGCAGAAAGCGCGUUGGAGGCUGCGGCUGAGGCAUAUUACCACCAGAGGGUGAUGCCGGUGGGCCAGCCUUCAAUGGCAUAUCACUAUCGGCCUGACAGCGUGCCACCGCAUUUGUCCUACGCUUCUAAAUCAGAGCCUCAGAUUAUCUAUAGCGCUCGUUCUGACGGCCGCUACAAUACCAUUGGACCCAGAUCUUUCCAUCAAUCCAUCAAAUCUCGUGGCCCUCACAGAGGAGAGUACAUUCCGGGCGGGUCUUCCGGGCACCGGAGUCAGGGUUAUGGGCCCAUGGACAGUGCCAUGGUGUACCCCACCAUCCGCCGGGUCCACUCUCUGCAUGUGCCACCUACUGCCAUCCGCUCCGUGCCAAUCACACGAACCGAGGUGCCGCCAGACGAUGAGCUGUAUUACUACCAGCGGCCGAUCUACCAGUGUAAGUCGUAUCAGCAGCCUGUGCAAUCAGACUACCACGUAACCCAGCUGCAGCCCUACUUCGAGAAUGGCCGAGUGCAGUACCGUUACAGCCCCUACUCUAGCACCAGCCCCCUGGAUGCGCCCUACUAUGAUGUGGACCCAUACGGGACCAUCCGGCUGCGACACUUUCACUCCUUCAGCAGCCGAGACCUGGCCCCGCCCCAUAACAGAGCGGGUGCCAAAGCUGGGAACUACCACUACUUAUCGCGUCACGUCCUGCCCAGUGGUAAGGAGCACAGUUUUGUGAGCAGGGACAUGCCCCCCUCCCACAGCUCGAAAGGGGCUUCAGUUUACCUGGCUAUGGAUCCCGAGGAGUCUGAGAGACUCCGCAUGCACUCUGUCCGACGGGAAAACAGGGCAAGGCAAAAAGCGAAAGGCCCGGUUAUGUCUCAGUACGAUAACGUGAGUCCCUUCAUUCCUGGAGAUCCAGGAGGAAUGGAAGUCCUGCACCUCCGCAGCAAAUCUGAUCCUGGAAAAACGGUCCUGAUGACUGCCGAGGGUAAAGAUGGGCGGUACGGCGUCAUGCCGGCCUCUCAGCAUCCUCCCAGGCACCUGCUGUCCGACCCCGACGUCUUCAUGUACAUGGAAACCGAAAAGCACUACCAGGGCAAUGGAAUGGCCGACAAGCCAGCUGUACCGCUCAAGCCAAGCGGCUCCCAUAGCAACCAAACCGGAUAUCAUCAUCCACAACACCCGCACCAGCCUCCGCCCCAGCCGGCUCCGCGGAACCUCCCUGCGCAUCAGGAGCCAAGCCGUCCAGAUUCCAAAGGCGAUCCAGGAGACAGCAAGCAAGGAGGCGCCGGUGGCAGGCAUUGGCCAGAAUGCCCCGAACCCCGGGGGCACCCAUCUCGUUACGAGCGCUCUGACCAAGACAGGCACGCAAUUAGGAUCGCACCCGUAUCCACCGGCAGCUACCCCGAAGAAGAGCCACAGGUAGCCCCCGUGAAACCCGUCCCCCCUCCCAAGCCUGAGAGGUCCCACAGCAUGCGAGAGCGGCACCACUACCACCAGCCCAGUCCCUCCACCAUUCACCUACAGGAGAACCCAGAGAGGGAGCACUGCGGGUCUUAUUCCUACCAGUCUCACGGGCAGAGACACAGCACCAUGACCAUGCUGUCGCACUACGACAACCUGGAUGACUAUCACCCUGUCCCUCAGACACAGUCACAGACUCCGGUCUCCAGCCGAGGAGGCACCGCUCCUUACGCAACCCCAGGAUUCACAACCCCACAAAGCGCUCGGGCAUAUUCCACUGCCCUGGGGCAGGGGGCCUUCCUCCCAGCUGAGCUGUCCCUCCAGAGGCCUGAGACAGAAAUACAUGCUGAGUGACAGACUUACAAAUAAACUGACUAGUUAAGACAAAUUAAUAAAAAAAAAAAAAAAAAAGGAAAAAAAAGUGAUUCAGUAAAUUCAGCAGCCUCUGCAGGACAGUGGACUGUCUGCGUUUGCGUUUCUUUCUUUGUAUUUUUAAAGAAAUGUAAAGAAAAUUACAAAGACUUUUUACUGACCUGAAUGUACCAUAAUUUCUUCCAUUAUCUAGAAUGCCACACAGCGGUUACUUAUCAUAUAUGUAUAUAUGUGUUUAACAAAUGGUACAUAAAAUCAAAAAUAUAGAAAUGGGGGGAACUAUUGCUUAUAAGGGAUUUUUUGGGUGGGUGGGGGCAGGUAAUGGGAUUUAAGGUUUGCAUUUCAGAAAUGCAUGUACACUAUUUCUCACAGUACAGUUCUGUGUACAUCAGCCUACAUUGUGUACUUUCUAGAUGUUGCAGAGGAUGGAAUGUAUAUGUGAUCACGCCCUUCCAAUCCUCUGAGUACAUGCUUGGCCGGUGCAUUCGGUGGUCUCGAUGUCUGUGCAUUGGGUUGGGGGCCCACAACCAUGAGUUACAGAGAGGCCGACGUCACUUCUGAAAACAAGUGGUUCUCCACCGCUGUGCCGUGACUGCACCCACUGUUUACUGCGUGACAGCAUGACAUUUUAAAAUCUCCUCUGUUUUCACUAUAAUCCAGUCUAAUGUUUGGGGGGGGGGGUGUAGAAACAGGACGCCUUAGGAAUUUACCACUUCACAUUUUCUCUCACAAACCGGACCAAAUAUCAAAGCGAACCUGUUUUGACCACAGCAUUCAUUCCUGAAAGUGUCAAAAUACGUUUCUGAAUGUCAGAAUAGUAAUAUAAACUGUCUUAAGAAUAAUUCUAUGUAUUAUGGCAGUGUAAUUUUUUGUCUCAAAGGACAUUAAAAGGAUUUGCAACAUUUAGAAUAUUUAAUUGCUGAUUUAAAAAAAAACAUCUGAAUGCAAAAAAGAAAAAAAACCUUUUCUAUUUCAAAAUGGAGAUUUUGCAUGCUUCAAAAGGUUUCUAGUUACAAAAGUAAGUCUUGGAAGCAUCAAACACACAAUUACGGCCUCAUCACUAACCCAUGGGAAUGUGUAUGUAAGUAUGUCUGCAAUUUUACACGGCUUCCAGCAUAUCAUAGGCUGUCUGGGGGGUGUCUUUGCUUUCACAGUGUUUGAUUCUUCACUAUUAAAGAUAGAAGAUUCCAGAACAGAGGGCAACAAUGGUUGUGCAGUGGCUAGUGUCACCUCAAACCUCUGGGACCAUGUCCAGUUUAUUUCUCCAGCCUGUUCUCCCCAUGUCGUUCUGGGGCAUCCUCCAGUUUAGUCCCCACAGUCCAAAAACAUGCAAAAGUGAAAAGUGAACUGGAGUUACCAAAUUGUGUGUGUGUGUGCGCGUGCAUCCGCCCGCCCGCCCUGUGUUGGGUUGGUGCCCCUUCAUGGGUUAUUCCCUGCUUUGUGCUGAUAGGCUGUAGACCCCCACUACUCUGCGUAGCACAAGCAUGUACAGAAAAUAGAUGGAAGGUUCCAACACAGCUGCCUAUGUAGAAGACACAUCCUCUGUUAACCAAAAAAAAGUAAUGUUCUGGUAAAUGAUUAAUAAAUUAUCUCAAUUUUGGUAGAACAAGGUAUGAAAGAGAGGAAAAACCCCAAUGAUCCCACCACCAUAAUAAAGGUUAAAUUUGAUCCACUCAUAAUUACUACAGUGAAACCAGUGUUACUCAACCCAGUCCCAGGGCUGGGAGUGAGCAAAAACAUGGACCACUGGGGGUCCCUGAGAACUGGGUUGAAAAAGACUGAGUAUUUUAUUUAUAAGGAUGUAAAUACCAAAAUGUGAACUGAUGUCAGAUUGUAGUGUUGAGUUUUUGGCGGAAGCAGUUUUUGUUGGUAUUCAUAUUGGGUUUGGUCCAUUGUUACUUAUAAAAUGUUUGUGUCACAGACUCCAAAACCAUUCCCCCAUUGUAAAAUAAUGUGGUGUCCCCCAACCCAAGACACUGAAAGGUAGCUGGACGAGCCGCCUAGCGCUGUGCUAAAUGUGAACAUCUUUUGUAUCAAUAACUGGACUAUAAAAUGUUAUUGUGGAAUAUUACAACAAAACUGUUCUGAAAUAGCAGUGAAUUAAGUCUUAUUUAUGCUGUUUAUACGUAUUGGUCUGACAUUUCCUUAACUAAUGCAGUGUGACAUUUUCAAAUAGAAAUGACCGUAUGCUAAUAAACAGGACAAGGGAUAUGCUUGAGCCUGAAGGUUUGGUUCAAGCAGUGUCCUUCAUGAAGACAGACACUUAAGGUUUUUUAUAUAACAAUUUCAUUUUCUGUCACUAUUUUGGAUGAGGAUUACUAAUAAAUACUGCAUUAUUUUAUAUUAAAAUGCUAUUUUUAACCA